CCCUUGUAACUGCAUUUUACAGAGGAAGCUUUUCAGUGUUUCACACGAGCUGGGACUCGGAUACACAGUUGAUUUACACGUCCUUUGCUAAUAUACUUUACCGUGGAGUGCAUGCGUUUCCUUCACUGAGUUAAAACCUUAUUUCGGUUUUCUUCACAACAUGGCAUUUAAAGAGCGUAAUACAAACAGAGGAGUAAAAUGGCGACUGUUUUGGCGAUUGCGACGGGCCGUGUACCUGUGUAUUUUUCAGCUUAUUAUUUUUAAUCAAACGGAGGCACAGAUUCGGUAUUCGAUCCCAGAGGAGAUGAAGAAAGGGUCCCUUGUUGGCAACGUCGCACAAGACCUUGGUUUGGAUUUACAAAGGCUUCGUUCUGGUCGGGCCCGUAUCGUGACAGGAGAAAACAUCCAGUACACUGAGCUGAAGACAGACAAAGGGACUUUAGUCGUGAAUGAGAGAAUCGACCGAGAGCAUCUUUGUGGAGACGUGACACCGUGUAGCUUUACCUUUGAGAUUUUACUGGAAAAACCAAUGGAAUUGCACCCUGUGACCAUAGAAGUACUGGAUGUAAACGACAACGCUCCCACUUUUCAAAACAGACACUUGGAAUUUGAAAUAAGUGAAUCAGCUGCUCUUGGUUCCCGUUUUGUCUUAGAGAGUGCGGACGAUGCGGAUGUCGGCGAAAAUGAUUUGCAGAGCUACAUUUUAACUCCGAAUGACAAUUUUGUUUUAAAACAGCAUGUUAAUCCGGACGGCAGUAAAUAUGCUGAGAUGGUGCUUCAGAAACACUUAGACAGAGAAGCACAGCCACGCCUGUCUCUAAAACUGUUGGCUGUGGACGGCGGAAAUCCACAAAGGUCGGGUACAGUAAAUAUAGGCAUCACUAUCUUAGAUAUCAAUGACAAUGCUCCUGUGUUUAACCAGUCAGUGUAUAAGGCCACUGUGAUUGAAAAUGCUCCAAAAGGCACUUACGUUGUUACCGUGAAUGCAAGAGACAUAGAUAGCGGUUCGAACGGUAAAAUUACAUAUUCCUUUUCCAAAUCAAAAGUAGGAAUAGCUGACGUGUUUGACAUAGAUGAGGCCACUGGACGAAUAUAUGUGGCGAAAGAAAUUGAUUAUGAAAAGGACAGAAAAAUUGAGUUCAUGGUUGAAGCUAAAGAUCAAGGAGGACUGACAAAUUCGAGUAAGGUUGAACUUGAUGUUGUCGAUGUAAAUGAUAACACACCUAUUAUCAACGUUAUGUCAUUUACAAGUCCUGUAUCAGAGGACUCGCCUGCUGGUACCACCAUUGGCAUAAUCAAUGUUAAAGAUCUUGAUUCCGGUGAAAAUGGACAAAUAAGGUGUUCGAUUGACGGCAGUGUUCCUUUUAAAAUUAAAUCCAAUGUGAGGAAUUAUUAUGCAUUGAUAACUGAUGCUGCAUUAGAUCGUGAAAAAGUAUCAGAGUGUAACAUCACUGUUAUCGCCUCAGACGCUGGUUCGCCCCCUCUCUCAGCUAAAAGAAUGUUUUAUUUAAAGAUCUCAGAUAUCAAUGACAAUGCUCCAGUAUUUUCACGAGGCCUGUACAGCGCGUUUAUUACAGAGAAUAACGCUCAAGGUGUCUCCGUAUUAAGUGUUCAUGCUAAAGACCCAGAUGAAAACCAGAAUGCACGUGUUUCCUAUAUUUUAGAAGAAUGUGAGAUUAGUGGAUUGUCAUUGUCUGAAUACAUGUCCAUUAAUGCAGAAAGCGGAGUAAUUCAUGCAGUUCGCUCAUUUGAUUAUGAGCAGAUCAAAGAGCUUAUAUUCACUGUCAAAGCUCAGGAUGGAGGCUCUCCUCCACUCAGUAGUAAUGUGACAGUGAAAAUACUGAUCCAGGACCAGAACGACAACCCCCCUCAGGUCCUGUACCCAGUCCAGACUGGAGGCUCUGUGGUGGCUGAAAUGGUGCCUCGUUCAGCAGAUGUGGGCUAUCUGGUCACUAAAGUGGUGGCUGUUGAUGUGGACUCUGGACAGAAUGCCUGGCUCUCCUAUAAACUGCAGAAAGCCACAGACAGGGCGCUGUUUGAAGUGGGCUUACAGAAUGGAGAAAUCAGAACUAUCCGCCAGGUGACUGAUAAAGACACAGUGAAACAGAGACUGACUGUUAUAGUGGAGGACAACGGGCAGCCCUCUCGUUCAGCUACAGUCAUUGUUAACGUGGCGGUGGCGGACAGCUUCCCUGAAGUGCUGUCGGAGUUCACUGACUUUCCACACGACAAGGAGUACAAUGACAACCUGACUUUUUACUUAGUGCUGGCUCUGGCUGUAGUUUCCUUCCUCUUCAUCACCUGUUUAGUGGUUAUUAUAUCAGUGAAGAUCUACAGGUGGAGACAGUCUCGCAUCCUGUAUCACUCCAAUCUCCCUGUGAUUCCAUAUUAUCCACCACGUUACUCAGACACUUUGGGGACAGGGACUCUCCAACACGUGUACAACUACGAGGUGUGUAGGACGACUGACUCCAGGAAGAGUGACUGUAAGUUUGGUGGAGCUGGUAGUCAGAACGUGUUGAUAAUGGACCCCAGUUCUACAGGGACGAUGCAGCAGAUACAGGGUGAGAAGAGCAUCCUGGAUGAACCAGACUCUCCUCUGGAGGUCAGUUAAAUAGGGUUGUAAAUGUGUUCUAUAUGUGUGUUCAUAUAUAAUUUAUCAAGUUAUAAACAGUCGCUGUUCAGUUUUCUAUCAGC